AUGGCUUCCAAACGGGAGCCGCCCUCGCGCAUCGCGUCGGCAUCGUCCCUCCGCUCCGCGACUGGGAGCAGCAGCCUCACGAGGACCCGACAGGCGGCACGAACAUCGAUGCGACCCCCCCUGUCGUCCUCCCGCUUCAACCGCGACGGCGCCGUCUCGCCAGCCGAGUCCAUGGCCUCCGUGGCCACGACGAGCACGAAACGCAAGGACCGCGAGUACGACACCGAGACGGGCGGCCUCGAUCACGGCGAGGAGACCAACAUCCAGGUCGUCGUGCGGUGUCGCGGUCGCAACGAGCGCGAGGUCAGGGAGAACAGCACCGUCGUCGUGUCAGCCGACGCCGCCAAGGGCAAGGACAUGCUCGCCGGCUUCAACUGCACCAUCUUCGCCUACGGCCAGACCGGCACCGGCAAGACCUACACCAUGUCCGGCGACAUGACCGAAACCAUGGGCCUCCUCUCUGAUGCUGCCGGUAUCAUUCCGAGAGCGCUGCAGGCGCUCUUCAACAAGCUCGAAGCCGACGACUGCGAGAGCGCCGUCAAGUGCUCCUUCAUCGAGCUGUACAACGAAGAGCUGCGCGACCUGAUUGCCGUGGAAGAGGGCGCCAAGCUGAAGAUCUUUGACGACACGUCACGAAAGGGCCACGCGACGACCAUUGUGCAGGGCAUGGAGGAGAAGCACAUCAAGACGGCCGGCGAGGGCAUCAAGGUCCUCCAGGACGGGAGCUUGAAGCGCCAGGUCGCCGCCACCAAGUGCAACGACCUCAGCAGCCGCAGCCACACCGUCUUCACCGUCACGGCCUACGUCAAGCGCAAGAACGAGGACGGCGGCGAGGACUACGUCAGCGCCGGCAAGCUGAACCUCGUCGACCUGGCGGGCAGCGAGAACAUCCAGCGGUCCGGCGCCGAGAACAAGCGCGCCGCCGAGGCCGGUCUCAUCAACAAGAGCCUCCUCACGCUGGGCCGCGUCAUCAACGCCCUCGUCGACCGCAGCCAGCACAUCCCCUACCGCGAGUCCAAGCUGACGCGCCUGCUGCAGGACUCGCUCGGCGGCCGCACCAAGACGUGCAUCAUCGCCACCGUCUCCCCGGCCAAGAGCAACCUCGAGGAGACCAUCUCCACGCUCGACUACGCGUUCCGCGCCAAGAACAUCCGCAACAAGCCCCAGGUCAACCCGCUGCUGAACAAGAAGAAGCUGCUGCGCGAGUUCCAGACCGAGAUUGAGAAGCUCAAGAGCGAGCUCAUCACGACGCGCCAGCGCAACGGCGUCUACCUCUCCAACGCGUCGUACGAGGAGAUGACCGCCCAGAGCGAGUCUCGACGCAUCGUGCUCGAGGAGCAGGCGGCCAAGAUGGAGACGCUCGAGAUGAACCUCAAGAACAAGGUCCACGAGCUGCUGUCGCUGACCUCCAACUUUAUGGGGCUCAAGAAGGACCACGACGGCACCAAGGCCCAGCUCGACGACACGAGGGACGUGCUCGACCAGACGGAGCUCGUGCUCGACGCCACGCGCAGGUCGCUCGCCGACGAGACGCACCUGCGCAAGGCGCACCAGGAGACCGAAGGGCAAACUCACCGAGGUCGGCGGGCGGCUCAUCUCGACGCUCCACAAGACGGUCGGCGACGUCGACCGCCUGCGCGCCAAGAACAAGCGCAAGUCGGGACCUGCAGUCGAUCAACCCGCGGCGCCUGGGGCAUGGCGCAGGGCCACGUCGUCGACAUCACCUCGCUCGUGGAGCAGCCAUGGGCUCUUGCGCGACGAGAGCAGGAGCACGUCGCGGGCAUCUCCGAGAGGAGUUUGUCGAGUCGCUUUAAAGAGCUGCUCGCCGAGCAGAAGGGAUCCAAAGAAGAGAUGGACAACGUGCUCGAGGAGAUCAAGACGGUGCGUGAUACUGUCAAGGACCAAGUGGGCGAGAGUCUGCAGUCUAUCGCCGCGGCGGCGGAGAAGAUUGCUGCCGACGUGCUCAGCGAGCUCGGCACCUUCCACAACCAGCUGCACACAUCGUACAGGUCUCUGGGCAAAGACUUCAAGACCAUCUUCGACGACCUUGUCACGCACAUCGCCGCCCAGCGCGCCGAGUCCCUGAAGCUGCGGCAGCAACUCGAAAAGGCGACACGGACCAUCGCCGAGCAAAACGCCGCCAACGCCAACCGCAUGCAGGAGGUCAUGGAAGGGGAGCGCAAACAGGCGGCCGUCGACCGAAGGGACCUGCUCACGCAGAUCACGUCCCUGAUCAACGCGCAGGCAGAGGUGCAAGAGUCGCGACUCGCCGACAAGACGGCCGAGCUGCAGAGGAGCAUCCUCGCGUCCAACACUACGCUUGAGAAGGAUGUUGCUGCCUACGGAGAGGGUAUGGACGCGUGGAAUAGCAAGGAAGACGAGCUCCUGGAGACGGUCGCCAACUCGAAGGAAGCCAUGAAGACGAAGCUGAAGGAGUACUGGAACGCCGCCGAAGAACACAGUUCAUCCAUCCAGGGCACCACCAAGUCGGUCAACGCCGAGACGAUGCGCGUGGUGGACGAGCAGCUCGAGAACCUUGACGUGCAGAUGAAAGCCCUGGACGACUUCGUUACCCACGCCCGCGACGAGAAUGCCUCCCACCACGAGAAGCAUGCAGAGUCUGUGCAGAAGCUCUCCGAGACUGUCGGACAGUCAUUCGAAGAGAUCGCAUCGCACUGCGCGACUACGUUCGACCGCGUCCAGGACCUGGGAAGCAAGCUGGCAACGCAGACAGAGGAGGCUAGACAAGGUCUCGCACCCAUCGGGGACGACAUCUGCCAGCCCCUGGCUGCGCUGCGGGACGAGAUAUCGUCCACGGUCAUCCAGGAAUACCAACCUACCGGCGACACCCCUAUGAAGAUGCACUACCAAUUCCCGACCGAUCUGCCCAAGACCAAGGCGCACGAGAAGCUUCUCAACGACCUGCACGGCGUUUCCGCCUCGCCCAGCAAGUCCAGCACCAUCCCUACCGUCUUCGCCGACGAUGAUGACGAGCCCGACCUCCUGGCUUCGUCGCCACGCCAGACGCGGGCCUCGACGAUGCCGUCCAUCUCGGAGCACGCCCCGACGAACCACACCUUCCCGUUCAGCAUGAGCCUCCGCGAGGUGAACCCUAACCUGACGCAAACCAACCUGACGACGGCGGGCUCGUUGCUGUUCGACCCGGCGGCCGGGGCUGCCGCCAUGAAGGAGGCAGCCGCCGCCGCCGCCGCCGACGGUGGCGACGCCGCGACUGGGCUUCUGCCCUUCAAGUACAGCACGUCGCGGCAGCAGAGCAAGAUUGGCCGCAAGACGGUCGCGGGACCGCUCGAGGGGCGGGAGAACGUGCCGCUGCCCGUCGCGGCGUUCUCGCAGAGCCUCGGCCCGAGGAGGAAGAGUCCGAGAUUGAACUGA